AUUAUAUAUGAACUUCAAAGUAACACACUAUACUUUUAGUUGCAGAAUCAAUUAAUCAAAUGUUAUAUCACUGAAUACUCAAAUCAGAGAACUAUUUUUGGAUAUGAGUAUUUUCUCUUUAGCAUUUUGGAUGAGGAUUAAUUUAGUGGUCUGUGUCAUAGACAAACCGUCUAUCAAAGUAAAUGUCAAGGAAAAUAUAAUUGUGGAAGGCGCAACAGUAGAUCUCUAUUGUGCCACAAGAAACAAUAAUACAACUACAUCAAUUUCAUGGUAUGCAGGAAAUAAAAAGUUAAUUUCAACAAGUGAAUCUUCAUUGAACUAUAAGAUGAGUAACGUCAGCCGAUUUGACACUGGCAACUACACAUGUUCUGUGCAGAACGAGAUUGGAAACACAUCUAGUGAGGUAUCGCUCGUUAUUUCAUAUCCUCCUGUUGUUAAAGUACGGAAGAGAAAAUUAUCGGAAGACAGUAUGCUCAAGGAAAUUCAGUGCAUAGCCCACGGAAAACCCGAUAGUUAUAAUUACUUUCCGUGGGAACAUCGAUCGCAAUUUGACGAGCAUAUAAGAUAUUUAGGCGCGACAGAUGAUAGAAAUCGCCAACUACCAGAAGUUAACGUAUCAAACACAUAUCAAAAUACCGGAUUUUACAUAUGCAAGGUUUUAAACGGCAUUCCUGAUUAUCACGGGAAUUUUCUUCAACAAGAGAGGGUAUAUGUUGAAUUUGAAGGGCCCCCUGUAUUUGCUGCUAACAACAAACGAUUUCAAAAAAUAACCAAAGAAUCAGCGAUUAAACUAAAAGUAAAUGUGUAUAGUUCAUCUCAGAUCACAUGUCACGACAUUACUGAAGUCGGUAGUAUAUCAUUAACAAAAAAAAUAGGUGUGACAACACGUCACAUACUUAUCAAGGAAACUUUUCAUGGUGCAAUUGUUACUUUAAAUGGCACAGAAAUUGUUUUUGUUUUAAAUGGACUGAAUGCUGGUGGAUUGCAUUCGUUCAAUGUCACGGUGUGCAACAUCUAUGGACAAUGCAGUAUUGUUUUAAAAUCCGAAUAUUUUGUAAAAUCAUCAGAAGAAAAAGCAUUGUCGUCCCGAAAAAUCAUCAACAUAGUAUUACUGGUAAUUAUUUUAGUCCUGGUGACUGGAGUUGGAGUAUACGUUUUGUACACGAAAUACAGGUACAGAAAAAAGGCGAUGACGUCAAUUAAUAUCCAAACGGCUGAACGGAAUGUUGAUGAAAGCUCACAUUAUGCAGAGAUUAUUGAAGGAGACAGCAUACUGACCCAACCACAAGGAAAUAAUACCCAGAUUAUUUCAGAAACCUAUGGAAUAGUUGCUGAAAAUAGCAACACAACUGUUAUGUCUGACAAACAUUCUUCAGCAUCAUCUAACACUGACAUUAAUGCUUCAGAAGAUUUGGAUGAUGGUUAUGAAAAACCAUACACGACAUUGGUUGCAAAUCAUGAAGGAAAAGACGAACAUGUUUAUCGCAAGACCAAACAAAACUGGACCUAUGAAAAUUCAACUAUCUUUAAAAAUGCGACUUUUGAGCAUUCCGUUGAGUUUUCAUUGGAUAAAACUAAAACAAAUGUUUAUGCGAAUGAAGGUCAAGAAAGUGCAAACAUGGAUUAUGGAGAAAACGACUCUAACAUGUCUAAGAAAGCAGACGAUGAUUUCCAACGGUCAAACGUUUGUAAACAAAAGGAAACCAUAGAAUAUAUAAACUUGUCAAUUAAACAAUAAACCUUUAAAUGACUAUACAAAUGCGUUGCACCUUAAUACGAAACAUUCUUACACUAUUCUUAUAUUCUACAACUCUAAAGACAGUUUUGGUUGUGGAGUAGAUUGAAAUAAGUAUCUUGUAGUACACAAACAUAACAAAUAUAACUUUAUAAAUUAUAUGCGUUUG